UGUGUCCUCUGUCAUGUCGGAGGAGGAGGACGGGUUUCACCGGCACCUCUCAUCACACACCGGAUUUACCGGACUCCACCUGUCGCGAGCGCUGCGGGCUGUUUUUUGAGUCCGUGUCGUCAGCGAACAACAACAGAGCGCGCACUGACGCAGGACGGCACGAGACACAAACACACGAGCGGCCGGGGCGCGCGGAGCUUUAACCCGAACAUGAUUUAACGACGGACAGGUGGACGAACCAGGACCAGGACGGACCAGGACGGACCAGGAGGGGCCAGUACCCAGCUUUAUGUGUUCUAUUAUCGCUUCUGUUACCGGAGGACGGAGGAGGAGGCGCCGCCAGUAAAUCCGGUGGAUGGUUUUAUCCGCAGUGCCCGCACCGACACACCGAGCACCGGGGAGCAGGAUGUCGAGGCAGCACCGGACGCCGUUAAAACUCACCGACAAUGUGGUGGAGGUCAAGAGCAAAUUCGAGGCGGAGUACCGUCGCUUCGCUCUGAAGAGGAACGGCCCCAGCAACUUCCAGGAGUUUUACCGCCUCCUCCAAAGCAUCCACCGUAUCCCGGGAUGGGACGUGCUGCUGGGAUACGCCGACAUGCACGGAGACUUGCUGCCGAUCAACAACGACGAAAACUACCACAAAGCUUUGUCGUCGGCCAAUCCUCUGCUGCGGAUCAUCAUCACCAAGAAAGAUGAUGAACCCAUCGUUUUUGGUACAAACUCCCUGCAGAGGCGUAAGAAGGGGAUGGGCCUGAUGAUUGGGAAGCCGCAGAACUUCAGACAGAUCUCCUCCAUCAUCGACGUGGACAUCUUACCUGAGACGCACCGACGGGUCAGACUCCACAAGCACGGCACCCACAAACCGCUGGGCUUCUACAUCAGAGACGGGGUGAGCGUGAGGGUGACACCGCAGGGCGUGGAGAAGGUUCCAGGUGUGUUUAUUUCUCGCCUGGUGCGCGGCGGGCUGGCAGAGAGCACGGGGCUCCUUGGAGUCAACGACGAGAUCCUUGAGGUCAAUGGGAUCGAUGUGGCAGGAAAAUCUUUGGAUCAGGUGACAGACAUGAUGGUGGCCAACAGUCACAACCUCAUCGUGACGGUGAAACCGGCCAAUCAGAGGAACAACGUAGUGCAUCGUGGGAGUAAAACCUCCAUGGGAAACUCUGGCUCUGUGGGCUCAGCGGGGUCUGCAGGAUCCGCUCUGUCACAUGACUCACCAAGCCCCGCCUCCCAGAGCAACCCCAUCACUGCAAGCAACAGCAUUGCCGAGGGCGACAGUGACAAUGACGACGAUGAACGUGACAUCGUUCUGGAGAACGACUGCCUGACGCCCUUUGACCCUCGCCCGCUAACCAACAGCAACAGCAUCAACCUCAACAGAGACUCAACCGCCAACAGGUCGCUCAACUCAAGCGGGGUUAGGCCCCUCCCACAGAGUGUCUCGUUGCCCAAUAGCGUCGGAGCGUCCCUGAACGACAGCUCUGUGACGAUGACCAAUCACAACGGGAACCCCGCUCAUACGCCCGGCAGCAGCCAGGAGAGCAUGAGAGAGGACGGCAACAUCAUAACACUGUAACCAUGACAACACUGACAGGACCACUGAAUGUGACAACCGUACAGUGCUGUAACCAUGGCAACUAUAGAUGUCUGUUUGUUAUUAAUGCGGGCGGAGCCUGAACUCUGUCCGAGUGGAUCUACAGAGAUGGAAACACAGACUGUGUGCAGGUGUGUCACACCUGUCAGAUGAACUCUCUUCAUUUCUCUUCACCGCAGAGGAACGAUCACACCUGAUCACACCUGAUCACACCUGAUCACACCUGAUCACACCUGAUCGCACCUGAUCGCACCUGAUCACUGAUCAAUCAGGACCUUAAAGGAGCAACAAGAUCAGUCAAUAAUGUUCGAUGUCAACAUGUUUUAGUGAGCACCUGAAACCCUCAGCAUCGUGCAGAGCAGGAGAGCUCACCUGAGACCAACAGACCCAUGAAACUGUCAGAGCUCCAUGUGACGGCAGACUGACUCUGCCUCUGUGAGGGGUUUGUGUUCAGCAUAGAGCUUAGGUGCACAGGUGAGGGACAGGCCGACAGGUGGUUCAUAUGAGGUCAUGCAGAGUGAGGAGGGGGUGUAAACUAAACACAUCAGAUCCACGAUGUCUCUGUGCUGAUUUUAUGGAGUGGAGGAAAAACUCAGAGGGAACGGAAACCUUGAAAUAACCUGAUGCCGAAUAAAGAGUUAAACUGUGACAGCCCGUCUCACCUGUAGACAGGUUAGACGGGUAGAUUCAGUUUAAAGCUGUAAACUCUGAAUGAGACGGACUACUUUCUGUGGAUUGGUUUGAUGUGAUCAGGAGGGGGAGCCUUUGUUAUUCAGAAUGAAUCAUUGUCACAAAGUGGUUUUGGACCAAUCAGAAUCAAGUAUUCAACACAGCUGGGUAGUAAAGAUUUAGAUUUAAUGCAGGACGUCCUGAUGUCUUCUGUCCAUGUUUAUAGACAGAGACAGACUGGAGAGGUGAACAUGUAGUCUAAGUGGAGGACUCAGAUCUGCGCUCAGACGCAGAUGUCUGUCAUGGAUUUAAUGCUGAAUCUUUAUCAGAUGUUAAUAAUGGAUGAACACCUUCAGAGCCUCCUUUCAUAAACAGAGACAUGUGAAUAGAUAUAAAUUUAUCUGCAUGGACCCACACUGGGCCUGUCUGCACUCUGUGCUGCGCAAACAUGAACCUCUCAGCAGGUAGAGUCUCUGACCGGGUCAUCAACCUUACAGGAAUGAUUUAAUCUCUCAUUGUGUCAUAAAAAACUAAACAGAAAGAUAUUCAUCAAACACUAAAACAGAAAAAAAAAACACACAGGUUCAAAGAUCAAACAUGGAUUUAAUGAGAUUUGCAAUACUUUCCCUUUUUAAAUUGUUCCUUUAGGAUUUCUUGUAAUUAUUGAGAUUUUUUUAUGAUCAUGAUUCAUCAGAUUUUAUAAAAGGGUUUUUGAAAUGUGUAUAAUAAGAGAGACGGGAUGUUACUGAGAGGACAGGGGUCAGUUCUACGAUGAUGUCAGACAAAACGUGGAAUCAACGGAGUGUGUGUGGACGUAUGGACACACACACACACACACUCUGUAUUUCAUGAUUUUACACAAGAAGCUACGAGCGGAGACAGAGACGACACAAAUACACCACCUGAUCACCAUGAGGUCUGUGAGCAGUGCAUUAUGGGAAACCGAGGCACACAGACUCUUGUUUUACUUUAUCUGGGUCAUUAAUCCUCUGUGUGUGUGUGUGUGUGGAUGAGUAUGUAUGUGUGUGCACGUGUGUGUGCACGUGUGUGUGUGUGUGUGUGUAAGCUCUGGGGGUACUGCCUUACAGUCAGGUUGUUUACGUUCCUCCUCUCUGUGUCAUUUCCUCUCUGAGUGUCAAACUGGAUCGAUGUCACACUGUUGUUUACAAACAUGAUCAGCUGAUUCAUGAACGACAUGAAGAAGUCCUCCUCAUCGCUCUCUGUAAACAUGGAUGAUUCCAGCCUUAUGUUAUAGUUGAACAUUUAUCAGAAAUAAACUACUGUUAUAUAAGUCUCUGUCAAA